AUGCAACUUCAACUGUUGUUUGUAAUUGUCAACCUGUUACAGGUCAGCCUGUGUUCAAAGAACAAACGACCGAUCGUCGUACAUCGCGUAGAAUGCAUCGACCAACCGUAUCGAUACGCGCAGUAUGUCCGCUGUGGCCUUCGGACCCAGCGAAACCAAUCCCAGCAACUAAUUGGAGAAAUUAUCCUCGACAAGCCGGUUCGGACGUUAAAGGGAUCGUUCCACAUCUACACCAAGCACCAGUUCACCCAGACGCUGCUCUACGGAACGGACAUGGACCUGUGCCACUAUUUGGACCAGGGACGCCAAAGCGGAAUUAUGGAGCGGAACGUUGUGGCGGAAAUGUUCAUGGAGCAGAGCAAACAGGUCUUCCCGCACCUGCUGCAUCCGUGUCCUUACGAGGGGCUGCUGAACCUAACCGGCACAGAGGUCCGGCUGGAUCUGGUUCCGCCGUACGUUAUCCCGGGGCAGUACAUCAUCGAGGCGUUAAUGCACGACGGCGCCAAUGGGACGAUCGUUAACAUCCGUGUAGUGUUUUCAUUGAUUGGGAAAGGCUUCUUCCAGCAGAUGCAGGGAAACUAG